GAUGCGUGAUCCUGUGCUGCUGAGCGUGGGUUUUACCGACUUUAAUCGGGCAAGGGCGUUGAUGUUAACUUCUGCAUCGUACUGGGAGGUUUGUCUACAUCUCCGCGGGAAUUUUCUGCGUCUUUUGGUGUGCUGCUCUCAGGCCUGUACGUGGUACUCAUACCGUAGCGCUUGUUUGGAAAAUUCAGUGGAUCCACAGCAUGGCGUUGAGAGAUAGAAGAUGUAGUCUUAUUCUAGCUCUCUUAUUACUAUCGGGAUUACAAGCAUUGGGAGCUCGUGUGGAAGACUUGCCUGGUUGGAUGGAAGAAAUCAAUGAGGUGAAGGAUGCUGAGGGUGGCGUGAUUCAACAAGUUUCUAGGAUUGAUCCCACUCGUGUCAAGCAGCUUUCGUGGAAACCGCGUGCAUUUCUAUAUUCAAACUUUUUGUCAGAUGCAGAGUGUGAUCAUAUGAUAUCGUUGGCAAAGGACAAGCUGGAGAAGUCAAUGGUGGCCGAUAAUGAAUCUGGGAAGAGUGUGAAGAGUGAAAUUCGCACUAGCUCAGGUAUGUUUUUGAUGAAGGGUCAGGAUGAUAUCAUAUCAAGGAUUGAGGAUAGGAUUGCUGCAUGGACCUUUCUACCGAAGGAGAAUGGGGAGGCAAUCCAGGUCUUGAGGUACCAAGAUGGGGAGAAGUAUGAGCCACAUUUUGAUUAUUUCCACGAUAAGAACAAUCAGGCUCUUGGAGGUCACCGCAUUGCCACUGUGUUAAUGUACCUCUCCGACGUCGUCAAAGGUGGAGAGACAGUAUUUCCUUCUUCUGAAGAUCGAGGUGGUCCCAAGGAUGAUUCGUGGUCUGCUUGUGGGAAAACUGGGGUGGCCGUGAAACCAAGGAAAGGCGAUGCCCUGCUCUUCUUCAGCCUACACCCCUCUGCAGUUCCAGAUGAGUCAAGCUUACACACAGGAUGCCCAGUUAUCGAAGGGGAGAAAUGGUCUGCUACAAAGUGGAUCCAUGUUGCUGCAUUUGAAAAGCCGCGUCCUAAGAAUGGUGCAUGUGUAAAUGAGGUCGACAGUUGCGAAGAGUGGGCAGCUUAUGGGGAAUGUCAGAAAAAUCCAGCCUACAUGGUUGGGACAAAAGAGUGGCCAGGCUAUUGCCGGAAAGCAUGCCAUGUGUGCUAGGUAGGGAUAUACCGUAUUUCUUGGUUGCACUCUGUUGGGUUAGGGUAGGAUAUUUAAUGUAUUUGUGUCAUCAUCUAAGUAUUAGGUCAGUUUCCAAACCAAGGAAUCAGAGUUGUGGCUUUUGAAGAAGUAUUAUAGAUCUUACGUACUAAUUAAAAGGCUUGUGACCCUUGAGAUGCACUUUAUAAUAUCUCAUGUAACGCUGUGUAUGCUUGGAUG